AUGUCAUCAGACGUGAAGAGCGUCGGCGACAGCAAAUGCUUAGAAGUGGCUGUCUUGCAACGACCCAACUCUUCCGCGGAACAUGGUCUCGAGUCCAAGUUCGUGCGGCUAGCAGAGGACUCAGCCAGAGCCGCGGAGGCUGAGCAUCGUCUCGGGCUUGUAACCAGUCUCAAGACCUACCGAAAGGCUGUCGCUUGGUCAAUUCUGCUCUCGCUGACCGUGGUGAUGGAGGGCUUCGACACUUAUCUCUUGGGCAGUCUUUUUGCCUAUGAGCCCUUCCGCCAGGCUUUCGGUGCCCCGCAACCAGACAACUCUUACCAGCUCACUGCAGCAUGGCAGACGGGGCUUUCCAAUGCGCCGCGAGUGGGCCAGAUUCUUGGGCUGCUACUGAAUGGCGUCGUCGCGGAAAAAAUUGGGUACCGAAAGACGAUGGUCGGCUCCCUGGCUUUGGUCAUGGCAUUCGUCUUCGUCGUCUUCUUCGCACAGAGCGUCGAGCAGCUCCUGGUUGGGGAGUUUCUCUUAGGUAUCCCAUGGGGAGUGUUCCAGACUUUGCCUGUCUCAUACGCUGCAGAGGUGUGCCCCACUCACCUACGAGCGUAUCUGACCAGCUAUGUCAAUCUCUGCUGGGCGAUGGGCAAAUUAAUCAGCGCCGGGGUUAUGCGAGGGAUGGUCCCCAGGACCGAUCAGUGGGGGUACAGGAUCCCAUUCGCACUACAAUGGGUUUGGCCGAUUCCCAUCAUCACCGGGGUUUUAUUCGCUCCAGAGUCACCGUGGUGGUUAGUCCGCAAAGAACGUGUGACCGAUGCGAAGAAAGCCCUGGGUCGUCUCACCGGCAACAAAUCUGCUUCCGAGGUCGAUCUCGACCAGACCGUCGCGAUGAUGAUCCACACCAACGAGGCUGAAAAGGAAAUUGUGGCCGGGACGAGAUAUCAAGACUGCUUUAGAGGCGUCAAUCGCCUACGCACCGAGACCGUGUGUGGAACGUGGGUAAUCCAAACGCUAUGCGGCUUUAGCUUGAUCCCUUACUCGACCUAUUUCUAUCAGCAGGCCGGGCUAGAUGCUAGCAAAGCUUUUAGCCUCUCUAUCGGAAAUUCGGGCAUCGCCAUCGCGGGGUUCUUGACGUCGUGGUUUCUCAUGCAGUGGUUCGGGCGGCGAACUCUUUACCUGGCAGGUCUGGUCUGCUUGAUCACUCUGCAACUUAUCAUCGGCUUCCUUUCCCUUGCCGGCAAAGAAAAUUCGGCCGCGCUGUGGGCUAUCGGCUCGAUGCUACUCAUCGUCUCCUUUUCGUACAACUGCACUAUCGGUCCCGUGUGCUAUCCACUGGUGGGAGAAUUGCCUCCUACGAGACUAAAGACGAAGACGAUCGUACUCGCCAGGAAUGCGUACCUGAUCGUUGAUAUUAUCUCAAACAUUCUCAUUCCUCGCAUGUUGAACCCCACAGCCUGGAACUGGGGAGCAAAGUCGGGCUUCUAUUGGGCGGGAUCCAGUUUUGUCUGCUUUUUGUGGGCAUUUUUCCGCAUCCCGGAAACAAAGGACAGGACAUAUCAGGAAUUGGAUAUGCUCUUUGAACAGCAGGUGCCGGCGAGAAAGUUCCGGUCAACAACGGUCAGAUCAUGA